AUGGCACUCGCUGUGGAGCUGUCUUUCGGCAGAGCUACCUCCUGUGUACACGCACAUCUGGCUGGCUGGGCCGUGGUUCUCGCAGCCGUCGGCGGGCUGCUGCGUCGUAGCUCGCGCCAGCCUCGUUCCCCCAGCGCCCAGUGCCCCAGUGCCCCAGGUUUGAGGCUCCGGGCGCGAGUCGUGUCGGCCAGCCGCGCGAGCAGAGGGCGACGGCGGGCGGGUGCAGCAGCACGGAGGGAGGUGCAGAAGGGGUCUCGGGCUCGAGCUCAGGAUGUUCGCCAGGGAACUGCUGGGCCAGCGAACGCCGGAGCGUGCGAAUGGUGUUUUGUACGCCGAGCACGCAGCCAAUCCCGCCGCUCGCGAUCCUGCAUGCCGCAAGAAGCUGCCCUUGUCCAUGCUGCCGUCGAGGCCAUUGUGUCUGUUUGUCAUGCAACAGACAGCGGCCCUGGGGCAGCAUUACGACGGCGCCUGCGGAUCUGCUGUCCGCCAAUGUGCUGGAGUGGAGGCCGCGUGCUGAAGAGGGCGAGGGCGCCGCCGUACACAUGGUGCCGGUUCGUCAUUCCCGUGCUGCUUGCUUUUUGCCUCGUUCGUCCGCCGUUGAGCUUGCACCGUCGAUCCGGCCGUGGCUUCUCCAGCUUGUCCUCCUCGGCCUCGCUGUGCCCUCCACGGCCUCGUCGUCCACGCAUCUCCAGCCCAUUGCACGCGCCUCCCCCCAAGGCAUUGUCUCUCGCUGCUGAUCGCAGGACGUCGUGCUCGGCCGCUGUUCCACCGCCACCUCGCUCGAUCCCGGCAGCCUCCACGCGUGUAGGCGCUGGAUUUGACUUCCAGGGCUGCGUUAGCACUACUCCCGUACCGACUGCCCUUCGGACCCACCGCCGUGACGCCCUUAGCUGCGAGACGUUCGGCCUGCCCCAGGGCGAGUCCACUGCUAGUCUUGUAGCCUGCCAGCUGACCUGGAUCGUGUUCUCGACUAUCUACGUCCGCUGCGCUGACCACCGGCUUCCACCCGUCUCUCACUGCAUUCCCAACCACUCUCUCUCGCACCUCCAGACGUCAGUCUCCCUCGCUGCCGAUUGACAGGCCCUUCAAUUCGCCCACGACGUGAACAGCUGCAGCCUCCCGACUCAGCGACGUGGUUGCCCGCCGGUCUUCGGAGCCACCUGCAUCGCGGCCUGCCGCUGCGGCUACGACGGUACCUCCCAAGGGCGCUGGAGUCGACGACCAGGCACUGCGGCUGCUCUCCAGAUAGACAUCCAGCAGCCUCUCUGACGUAUGCUGUGGGAUCUGGCUGCUCC